UUGUAAGUGGCCGCUGAGCGCGCGCGUUUAUAACCUGUGAGGACCCGCGAGCUCCGCCGCCGUGAUGAACAUCCGCAAUGCUAGGCCCGAGGACCUCAUGAACAUGCAGCACUGCAACCUCCUCUGCCUGCCCGAGAACUACCAGAUGAAGUACUACUUCUAUCACGGCCUCUCUUGGCCCCAGCUCUCUUACAUUGCUGAGGAUGAGAAUGGGAAGAUUGUGGGGUACGUCUUGGCCAAAAUGGAAGAGGACCCAGAUGACGUGCCCCAUGGACAUAUCACGUCACUGGCUGUGAAGCGUUCCCACCGGCGCCUUGGGCUGGCUCAGAAACUGAUGGACCAGGCUUCUCGAGCCAUGAUAGAGAACUUCAAUGCCAAAUAUGUCUCCCUGCAUGUCAGAAAGAGUAACCGAGCUGCCCUGCAUCUCUAUUCCAACACCCUCAACUUUCAGAUCAGUGAGGUGGAGCCCAAAUACUAUGCAGAUGGCGAAGAUGCAUAUGCCAUGAAGCGGGACCUUACACAGAUGGCCGAUGAGCCAGCCCCAGGGUCUGGCUCCUCUUGUCUCCUGUCUGGAGACUUAGGCCCUGUCUCUUUCCACCCGCUUCCCUCUGGGCUCCCGGCGGCAGCUGAGGCGGCACCUGGAGCUGAAAGAAAAGGGCAGGCACAUGGUGCUGACAGCCACGGAGAACAAGGCGGAGGACAAAGGCAGCAUGCUUCUGAACUUGGGAGAGGCCUGUCGUGAGGAGAAGGGCCUGGCUGCUGAGGACAGUGGUGGGGACAGUAAAGACCUCAGCGAGGUCAGUGAGACCACAGAGAGCACAGAUGUCAAAGACAGCUCAGAGGCUUCUGACUCUGCCUCCUAGAGCCUGCCCCAUCUUGUUCAAGCUCCCCCUCCCCAUGUACUUUUACAAUAAAUGUUGACCUGUG